ACGACAGCUGUGGUACGUUUACGACCUGUCCAGAUAAUUGCAGUGAUAGAGAUAAACAAGCAAACUCGGCGUGCUUUCUGUUCCGGAGGUUGGACUAUCACAGAGCAGAGGUUCGUCUGAUGAGGUUACGAAGUCUUCUGGAACAACAGUGAAAAUGCUCCUCCGCAAUCGAGCUGUGCUUGCACUUGGUCUCCGCAUGUGCUCCACUAACGUGACGAAGGGACACCUGAUGGACACAGCACGACCAAGCUCAGACAUGUCUGAAUUCCGCAAGCUCUUUGCCCAAGCCAAGCACAUAGCGAUCAUCACAGGGGCAGGUGUGAGUGCAGAGAGCGGAGUGCCAACCUUCAGGGGAGAAAAUGAGAAGUGGAGGAAGUGGAAAUCUCAGGAUCUGGCGACUCCCGAGGCCUUCUCUCGCAACCCCUCUCGGGUCUGGGAGUUCUACCAUUACAGAAGGGAGGUGGCUUUAAACAAGACGCCCAGUGCUGCACAUCUGGCUAUAGCAGAGUGUGAGGCCCGGCUGAGGAAGCAGGGGCGCUCUGUGGUUGUCAUCACUCAGUGCGUAGACGACCUGCACCAACAGGCUGGCUCCAAACAUGUGCUGAAGGUCCAUGGCAGUCUGAUGGAGACGCGCUGCGUGAGCUGUGGAGAAGUCACUGUGAACAAGCAUAGUCCCAUAUGUGCUGCCCUAAAAGACAAAGGUGCACCUGGCCCUGAUGUUGCUGAUGCUCAGAUUCCUGUGGAUAAACUGCCAAGGUGUGAUGGAAGCGAGUGCCACGGUCUGCUGAGGCCCAACGUGGUGUUUUUUGGAGAAACUCUGGACUCUCAUAUCCUGACCAAGGUGGAAAAAGAGAUGGAAAUCUGUGAUCUCUGUCUGGUGGUGGGCACGUCCUCCAUUGUUUACCCAGCAGCCAUGUUUGGCCCCCAGAUUGCAUCCAGGGGCAUCCCAGUGGCGGAAUUCAACACAAACGCGACACCAAAAACUGAGUACUUCACGUACCAUUUCCAGGGUCCUUGUGGAACUACGCUGCCACUUGCUUUGGCGCAGCACGAGUCAGAGGUUAUUUAAGAGCUGCAGGAACGACUUUACAGCAACCAAUGGCUUCCUCUAAAGCGCUAACCAAGGCUGGGUGUUGAUGGGGGUUCCUAGCAUUGUUUUAUUCCAAACGUUUGCCUUAAAAUGACUUCAGCUGUUGAUGCUCGGUAGAGGGAGAGUUGUACAGAAUUUAGCUUUUUGAGACUUUGAGAUUGACCUCUUAAUACUUGAAUAUAUGUCUUUCUAAACUGGAAAUAGGAUAUUUUGUUUUACAAUUUGUCUACUUAGAGUUGUGCAGGAAUUAUGCUGCUUUGUGCAAGAAAGAAAGUUCACCGUGUAAGUGGGUAAUGACAUGGGAAAACAUCUCUACAGGUUUCAUGGGGGGUGUGGGAGUGUUUUUAUCCCUCACAUGUCCUGCUUAUUAUGUGCUGUUGAGGGAUUGUCAUAUUUCUGAUACUCUGUGCUCAAAAAUGAUGCUGUAGAUCGGAACAUACUCAUAUUAUUCCUGAUUCAGGGGGAGUAUAAUCCUUAUUUUCUCUCUCCACCAAAUGAACAGAUGUACAGCGUGUAACACAAUGUCGUGCCUUUCAAAACUGUUUACACAACCUUGACCAAAUGCUCGCUUUAAAUCUCAAGUGCAGAUCAACCAAUGUUACAGAGAUUUGUACAGAGUUUUCUUGACCAAGGACAGAGAGGGUAGAGAGAGGGAAAACCUUUUCAAUUCUGGCCUGGUUUGGCAUCAUUUCCCUCUCAUGCGGUUUGACCUCUGUUUAUUAUGACACACAAGACAUAGAUACACACAAGUGUGGGUAUGUAUCAUGAAUUAUUCAUGAUUUAUUUGAUACAUUUUUAUAAACAUCAGUGUCUGUUUUCAAUAUAUAUUAUAUAUAUAAAAUACAUGUAUACAUAUAUAUAAUAUAUGUAAAAUCCAAAAACAAUAGCAAUCAUAUAAGAUGAUUUUUUUUUUUAAUUUUCCUCAUUAACAUCUAUUUCUUAUGAUGUAUUCUAUUAAAACCUGCCAAUGCAUUUAUACAGAACUAUUAAAACACUAAAUGUAAA